CAGAGAGAUAGAAAGGGGAGAGAGAGAGCAAGAGUAAGAGAUUUCUACAAAAAACAGUGAUGGAAACGUUGUUGUAUCUCACCCUGCUAAUCUCAGGGUUCUACACACCUUCCUCAUGUCUUCAUCAGUAUCACCUCAUUACCAACGAUAUGACCUGGACUGAUGCCCAGAGUUACUGCAGAGCACAUUACACUGAUCUGGCUACAGUAGAUGACAUGGAGGACCUGAACAGGCUGAUGACCAGUGUCGGUAGUUAUAAUUCCUGGUUACGGAUCGGACUGAAGAAGGGAGACUCCAUGAAGUGGAACUGGUCUCUGGCAGACAGACGUUUCUACAGCGAGGGGGAGACUGAGUUCAGAAACUGGGACACAGGGACACCCCAAAAUGGUAACUGUGCAUUAAUGAGUACAUCUGGGCUGUGGAACAACGCCUCCUGUGAUGACCAGCAUCACUUCAUCUGUUAUGAUGGAAAACAAGACACCAACCUAACAUACGUCUUAAUUCAGGAGAACAAGGCCUGGAUAGAUGCUCAGAGUUACUGCAGACAGUAUCACACAGACCUGGUCAGUGUGAGGAACCAGACUGAGAACACAGAGAUAGAGAAGAAGAUAUCACUUCCUGUGUGGAUCGGUCUGUUUCUAGACUCCUGGAGAUGGUCAGACCAGAGUGACUCCUCAUUCAGAAACUGGCAGUCAAGAUGGCUGACAACAGAUCAGACAUGCAACUGCACUCUGGUGUCUCCUUUUACUGCUUCUGAUUAUACUAAAUGGAUAAAUCAACCUUGUGACUCCAUCUAUGCUUUCAUCUGCUAUGGUAAGUUACCAUAUUCUCCACCUGAUCUACCUAAUACUAUGAUGACAGAAUAA